AUGGGCCUCUCUGAACUGCCUCCCGAAAUUCUAUGGAUCAUUGCAUUCCCUUAUUUGCACCAGAGAGACACUUACGCCUUGAUUAGAACGAAUCGGCAUCUAUAUCAUGCGCUCAGAAAGUGUCUAUGCCUUUGGAAUGCUCGGUAUAACCACGGAUCGGCCAUUUCUGCUGCUUCAGAGCAUAACAUCAUUCCCCACAUCAGAUGUAUCUUACAGGGAUUACAGGCUGCCCACAAUGAGGAUCACUCACCUCCCCGAGAAGCGACCCGUGGGCCGAGGUCCCAGGUGGAUCGUUAUUAUGACUCAGAGGAGGACUCAGAAGAGGAGGAGGAGGAGGAGGAGGAGGAGGAGGAACCCUGUGAAGAAGAUCCUUACUGGAGAGAUAUCUACGCCCAUCCUCUUCUUUCAAAAGGAUACUCUGUUUUGGCUAUCAUCAAUAUCCAGCAUGCCCUGGUAGUAGCUGCUCAAGCCGGUCAUAUCAAGGUCAUCGAGAUCCUGCUGGAUUUUGGCGCGCAGGUCAAUUUCUACAGAGGUCAUUUUAAAAAUCCACUUCCAAAACGCAGGAUACGAUUCCAUAGUAUCGGGUUUCAAGUUCCUAUUGAUAACCCGCCUCUAUUUACAGCUGUACAGUACGGACACGUCGAAGUGGUCGGCAAUUUGCUCGCGCGUGGUGCUGAUCCACAGCUAUAUACACCUUCGCCGUUAUACCGUGCCGUUGAAGAUGACCGUCGGGAUAUCAUUUCUCUUCUGCUGAAAUUGGAUGUGCGAUCCCAGAAAGCAGCUUUGAAACUUGCUGUGUUACAAGAGGACUGUUCCAUGGUUCAAUUUCUUCUCUGUGGCGUGGAAGCUCCAGAGAAUGGGAAUGCUGGCCUGUUUGUUGCUGAGAUGAAAGGCUUUAAGGAUAUAGUUAGCCUGCUGAAGACUCAUGGGGUGAGUAUCGAUGCUCUCGACGAAUGUGACAAGGAUGACUGGGAGAAAGAAGAUGGAGACGGCGCCGUUCGUUUUCAUUACUAUAUGAAGCCUCAACAGUGCAUGGGUGAUCAGGCAGGCAUUGAUGAAGACUCAGAUGAGUCAGAGCUCGAUAAUUGA